UUACUUGUGUCAGACUCUCUGCUAGAGGAGCUGGGAGGAGGAGACGGGGGAAGGAGGAGCGAAGCCGUUCAGUGUGUGUUCUCUACGGCUGCCUCAUCCGGCAUCCGCCACUGAGAGAUGGAGAAAGUGAGAGAGUUGGAGUGAGCCGGGCACUGAUGUGCUCUGAGCGGCAGAGUGAGGGAACGCGCAUCGGGGUUGAGACACAGCGACCGAAACAGUGUCUAUAGGCUGAAUUUAACACUUGCAUCAGUUCAAUACAGAAGAAAGAGCGUAGAAAGAAGCAGACUACACCGACCUUUUGUACGAAAUCAGCGCUCCUAACUUUGAAGGACUGCAGUGAGCGCGCAUCAUUGCCUCAGUAACCAGCACAUUACUGAUGAGAUCCUGCCCGACUCAGGCGAUGCGCUCCGGGAUGCUUCUGCUGCCGCUGAUCUGCGGGCUGCUCGGGCUCGGAGGCGGCGUUGUGUUUAUCCAGCAGCCGCAUGACCUGGUGGUAGUGGCCGGGCAACCCGUGACCCUGCCCUGCUCCAUCACUGGAUAUCAUGGCAUGGUGCUGUGGGUCAAAGACGGCCUCGCUCUAGGGGUCAACCGCGACCUGUCAGGUUAUCCACGCUAUGACGUGAUUGGGGACCACAGCAAAGGAGAAUACCACCUCCUGAUCCAGAGGACAGAACUGAUCGAUGACGGCAGCUUCGAGUGUCAAGCCAUCCAGGCUGCGAGUCGAUCUCGACCGGCUCGGCUCACCGUUCUGGUUCCUCCGGAUGACCCCGUGAUAAUCGGAGCGCCUGUGGUGAGCUUGCGUGCGGGGAACUCGCUAAACCUCACCUGUCACGCUGACAACGCCAAACCGGCCGCCUCCAUCAUCUGGAUCCGCAACGGAGAGGUCCUGAACGGAGCGGCGUACACCAAGACGCUGUUGCGAGACGGCAGAAGAGAGAGCACGGUGAGCACGCUCCACGUCUCCGCCUCCAACAUCGCGAGCGGCCAGCGGAUCACCUGCCGCGCCUCCAACAAAGCGGCGCCCAACGGCAAGGAGGCCACGGUCACCAUCGACAUCCAGCAUUUCCCGCUGGUGAACCUCUCUGUGGAGCCGCAGCCGGUUCUGGAAGGCAAUCUGGUCAAGUUCUAUUGUUCUGCUAAAGCCAAUCCCCCUGUCACUCAUUACAGAUGGGCGAAGGGAGGAAACCUGAUCACAGAGGUGACGGGAGACACGUAUGAGGUUCUGGUGGAUCAUUCGUUCUUCACUGAGCCCGUGUCCUGUGCGGUCACCAAUGCCCUGGGCAGCACCAACAUCAGCCGCAAUGUGGACGUGUACUUCGGGCCUCGUCUGGCCGCCGACCCCCAGAGCCUGCAGGUGGACCGCGGUUCUGACGCCGUGUUCAGCUGCGCUUGGAUUGGAAACCCUUCUCUCACCAUCGUCUGGAUGAAAAGGGGCCAUGGAGUCGUGCUGAGUAACGAGAACACCUUGACACUGAAGGCCGUGAGACAGGAGGAUGCUGGGAAAUACGUGUGUCGCGCUGUGGUGCCGCGAGUGGGAGUGGGAGAGAAGGAGGUCAUGCUUACUGUCAACGGACCUCCCAGCAUCUCCAGCACACAGACGCAGCAGGCGCUGUACGGGGAGAAGGGCCAGAUCAAGUGCUUCAUCCGCAGCACCCCCCCUCCCGACCGCAUCGCAUGGUCGUGGAAAGAAACCGUGCUGGAGUCUGGAACGUCGGGCCGGUACACCGUGGAGACGGUCAGCACAGAGGAAGGGGUCAUCUCCACCCUCACCAUGAGCAACAUCGUCCCUGCGGACUUCCAGACCAUCUACAACUGCACCGCCUGGAACAGCUUCGGCUCCGACACCGAGAUCAUCCGCCUCAGAGAGCAAGGGUCUCUGCGCUUGGCCGUCAUCAUCGGGGUCGCAGUGGGAGCGUUCCUGGCUCUCGUCGUCCUCAUCGGGACCCUGGGGGCGUUCUGCUGCGCUCGAGUGCAGAGGAAGGACAUGCACCUGGUGAUGUCAUCACUCCCAGUGUCACUCUCCUCUCGGCAGCGAGAGCUCUCCGGCCCUUUAAAAGGCGAAAAUCUCAAAGGGGUCGUGUCGGCUAAAAAUGACAUUCGCGUGGAGAUUGUCCAUAAGGACCAUAAUGCCGCCAGAGAGCCGGAAGAACACAGCAACAUGAAGCAAAUGAUGAUGGAGAGAUCGGAGUUUCAGCAAGAGUCGGUGUUGAAACAGUUGGAGGUCCUGCAGGAGGAGGAGAGGGAGCUGCAGCACAUUAAGGAUCCAACCAACGGAUACUACAGCGUGAACACCUUCAAAGAGCAGCCGACCCCGACCAUUUCUCUGACGGCCAACCAGAACGCGGAGGUCCGAAACCCGGCCACGGCGACCCUCGGGAAGCACCGCGUCCCCACCGGCAUGUCUUACACCAACAUUUACAACACGCUGGGCGCCGGCCCCAACCGCCUGUACGACUACAGCCAGCGCUUCGUGCUGGGCAUGGGCAGCAGCUCCAUCGAACUGUGCGAGCGCGAGUACCAGCGGGCAUCCCUGAGCGACUCCAGCUCGUUCCAGGACACGCAGUGCGACAGCAGCGUCAGCAGCUACAGCAAGCAGGAGGGCUACGCGCACUUCGACAAAGCUAGCAAAGCCUCCGUGUCGUCGUCGUCCCACUACUCGCAGUCGUCGUCCCAAAACUCAGACCUGACCCGACCGCUGCAGAAACGCAUGCAGACGCACGUUUAACGCGACGCUGACGCCUGUGCUUCAUGCGUCACUCGUGGACAUAUCCUGGAAAGACUAAACCGACACGCCAAGCUAAUGUUUCUGUAUAUUUUGGAAAGUCACGUGUUUUUUAGAUCUUCCUUUGUGGAAGCGCCCUUGGAUGUGGUCCUACAACAUGACAAUCAGGAGUCGCCACCAAAACUCCAGGCUCGUGUUCGCUUCUCUAACGGAGGGAGCCAAACCUGCCCAAAGCACAAGGAUGUCUGUUAACGAGGAUGAACGAUCCUCCUGAAAAUGAUCAUCUGUGCUUUUCUAAAGACUGUAAGAUAGAUAUCACUUGUGUGCACUAAACUGUUUUUUAAUUACAUCUCUCUCCGCGGUCUCUCUGAUUUGAUGCCGUGUUGUUUUGUCCCGAUGCGAUGUGAAACUGCAUGUGUGUGCGGAGACUGAGUUCUUCAGGACAGUGUUUACAUGACGGAGACCAGAAUGUAAAUCCUCCUCCUCUUUUUUUCGUAUACGUGAGCUGAUCGUUUCAGCGCUUCAUGGUUAAUAAGUGCGUUUGCAUAUGUACACGUCCUGUGAAUUCAAACGCUCCGUUGUUAAAGCUUCUUUUGGACCUCGACAGUGUGUUUGUUGGUGUUGUUUUGCUCAUUCACGACUGAACUCCUCAUUUCCACACGUGUUUCUGAUGUUCUGCUUAUUUUAAGGCUGUGAUAUGUUUAAGCUCACUGUUUUAAGUAAGCUUCCCUUCCUGAAUCUGGCGAAUCGUUUACGUUGCUGAACUGAUGCAGGAAGUGCCUCCCGCCGUCGGAUGAGCUGCAGAACGACGUGCGCAUCAGAGCAAUUACACUGAUCAAAUAAUCAUGAUUACAAAAUAAGUGUUGAAUAAAACAGUGUGUUCGAGCGAUGUUCUGUGGUCAUUAAAGCUGAGGUGGCGGCCCAUGUUUUCUCUUU